AAUCUGCGGUGCCAUCUCCCGACGAAUGGAUGUGACAGGCGGCCGCCGGAGCCCGGGGAGCGACAGCAGCUGAAUCCUCUCUUCUUUGAAAGAAACCGACACAUUUUCUGUCUCCAAACGACGUCUCCUCGAAGGAUAUCGAUAAACUGCGAGCGUUUCUGUUAUUUAUUUUUCUUCUUCUUUUUUUUCUUUUGUCGUUACUCGGGGAGCGCAUUCAACAGUGCGCGCUGCGGAGUCGCUGCGAGCUGCGCUGCUGCUCAACAAGGUGGAGCAGUGAGUGGAUCCAUCGACUGUCGAGGACCGCGAGCUCCUCCGGUGUGUCCAAAUUAACACUUUUGUUGCUUUAACCGGCGGGGCUGUCGGGAAAUUUUGAGGGUUUUUUUGAGGAGGGGGGAAAAAAAUGUGAUUUUUACGCACGAAUCAAAAAGGAUGACGCGCGAGUCCAGCCAUGAACGCGCACCGAGAGGCGCACGACUGAUGUGAUCUCCUGAUUUCAAAGGAAGUUUUUGUUUUUUUUUAAAAAAAUACAUAUUUAAUUGUGCGCGUGUCUCGCUGUUCCACUCAACUUUUCACACCGCUCGGAGAAGCCAGAUGAGAAGGCAGCGAGGAGCGGGAGGUGGUUGACUUAAAACAUGGCUGAGCCGCUGGGGCGUCAGGGGGCGCUGGCUGGAGCUCCCCAAAGCGCCUGAACCUCUUCCCCCCCACCCCGGUCGAGUUUUUUUUUUCUUUCUUUCUUUCAUUUUUUUGAUUGUUGUGGGCGGGGGCUGGCCAAGUGACCAGAGAGCGAUAAUGUCGAAAAACAGGGAUAAAUUCAACCCGGACCCGUCCAUCCACAUAUCCAAGAUGAGCGUGAUCAUCCCGUUCUCGCCAGAUGUGCCCUGUGACAGCAACGGCCAGCGGAUGUGGUGGGCUUUCCUCGCCUCGUCCAUGGUCACUUUCUUUGGGGGUCUCUUCAUCAUCCUCCUGUGGAGAACUCUCAAGUACCUGUGGACUGUGUGCUGCCACUGUAACGCCAAGAAGAAGGAGGUCCACCGGAUCACCACAGGCGAUGGCAUCAAGCGCACCGACAAGGACGACCCGGCGGCCAGCGAGGUGGGCUGGAUGACCUCGGUCAAAGACUGGGCCGGAGUCAUGAUCUCAGCUCAGACGCUGACAGGAAGAGUCCUGGUGGUGCUCGUAUUUGCUCUCAGCAUCGGAGCCCUUGUCAUAUACUUCAUAGACUCGUCUGACCCAAUCGAGUCGUGUCAGAACUUCUACAAGGACUUCACGCUGCAGAUUGACAUGGCGUUCAACGUCUUCUUCUUGCUGUAUUUCGGCCUGCGUUUUAUUGCUGCCAAUGACAAGCUGUGGUUCUGGCUGGAGGUGAACUCCGUGGUGGACUUCUUCACGGUUCCCCCAGUGUUUGUGUCGGUGUAUCUCAACAGGAGCUGGCUCGGCUUGAGGUUUUUAAGGGCCUUAAGGUUGAUACAGUUCUCAGAAAUUUUACAGUUUUUGAAUAUACUAAAGACAAGCAACUCGAUAAAGCUGGUGAACCUGUGUUCAAUCUUCAUAAGCACAUGGCUGACAGCAGCGGGCUUCAUCCAUUUGGUGGAAAACUCAGGGGAUCCUUGGGAAAACUUCCAAAAUUCCCAGGCACUUUCCUACUGGGAAUGUGUCUACUUACUCAUGGUCACUAUGUCCACUGUCGGCUACGGAGACGUGUACGCAAAAACCACUCUGGGCCGCCUGUUCAUGGUCUUCUUCAUCCUCGGUGGUUUGGCCAUGUUUGCAAGCUACGUCCCUGAAAUCAUAGAGUUAAUAGGAAACCGCAAGAAAUAUGGUGGUUCCUAUAGUGCGGUUAAUGGGAGAAAGCACAUCGUGGUCUGUGGUCAUAUUACACUUGAGAGUGUGUCCAACUUUCUAAAAGACUUCCUACACAAGGACAGGGAUGAUGUCAAUGUAGAAAUUGUUUUUCUCCAUAAUAUUUCCCCUAAUCUUGAGCUGGAAGCCUUGUUCAAGCGACACUUCACCCAGGUGGAGUUUUACCAAGGGUCUGUCCUAAACCCACAUGACCUGGCCCGAGUGAAGAUUGAAUCAGCUGAUGCUUGUUUGAUCUUAGCCAACAAAUACUGUGCUGACCCUGACGCAGAGGAUGCAUCCAACAUCAUGAGAGUAAUAUCAAUCAAGAACUACCAUCCAAAGAUCAGAAUAAUCACUCAGAUGUUGCAGUACCACAAUAAGGCACACCUUUUGAACAUCCCGAGCUGGACCUGGAAGGAGGGAGAUGACGCCAUUUGUCUUGCGGAGCUCAAGCUUGGCUUCAUCGCCCAGAGCUGCCUGGCUCAGGGCCUCUCCACCAUGCUGGCCAACCUUUUCUCCAUGAGGUCCUUCAUCAAGAUUGAGGAGGACACUUGGCAGAAGUACUACCUGGAGGGAGUAGCCAAUGAGAUGUACACUGAGUACCUGUCGAGUGCCUUUGUGGGCUUGUCCUUCCCUGUAAUUUGCGAACUCUGCUAUGUGAAGCUGAAGCUGCUGCUCAUCGCCAUAGAGUACAAGUCUGAUCAAAGGGAGAGCAGCACCCUGAUAAAUCCUGGAAACCACGUGAAAAUGCAGGAGGGGACUUUGGGCUUUUUCAUUGCCAGCGAUGCCAAAGAAGUAAAGAGGGCGCUCUUUUACUGUAAAGCCUGCCACGAUGACAUUACUGAUCCCAAAAGGAUAAAGAAAUGUGGUUGCAAGAAAUUGAUAUAUUCCAAGACGUCCGCCUACAAGAAAAUGAGACUGGCAUGUUGUUUUGAUUGCGGCCGCUCAGAGCGGGACUGCUCUUGCAUGCCAGUUAAUGUGCGUUGUAACAUGGACUUCCCUCAACGCGACAUCCCACUCUCUGCUGUCUCUGUUAAUGAUUGCUCAGCCACUUUACGUGCCUCUAAAAAUAGCUAUAAUGGAUAUAUCAAAUCAAUUGAAGAGGACCAACAGUCGGCGUUAUCGCCUAAAAAAAAGCAACGAAACGGAGGCAUGAGAAAUUCUCCAAACUCGUCACCCAAAAUAAUGAGACACGACCCGCUCCUCAUCCCGGGGAACGAGCAGAUUGAGAGCAUGGACGAGAACAUAAAGAAAUACGACUCCACGGGGAUGUUUCACUGGUGCCAGUCCAAAGACAUUGAGAAGGUCAUCUUGACGCGGAGCGAGGCAGCCAUGACAGUUCUGAGCGGCCAUGUGGUCGUGUGCAUAUUCGGAGACGUGAAAUCGGCGUUGAUCGGUCUCCGAAACUUCGUCAUGCCUCUGAGGGCGAGCAACUUUCACUACCAUGAGCUGAAGCACAUUGUGUUCGUUGGCUCCCUCGAGUAUCUGAAGCGAGAGUGGGAGACCCUUCACAACUUUCCAAAGGUCUCCAUUUUACCUGGCACACCGUUGAGUCGGGCAGAUCUGAGGGCUGUCAACAUCAACCUCUGCGACAUGUGUGUCAUCCUGUCAGCCAAUCAGAACAAUAUUGACGAUGCAUCACUGCAGGACAAAGAAUGCAUCUUGGCGUCACUCAACAUCAAAUCCAUGCUGUUUGAUGACAGCAUAGGGGUCUUGCAGGCUAAUUCCCAAGGCUUCACACCACCAGGGAUGGAUAGAUCCUCUCCAGAAAACAGCCCCGUCCAUGGAUUAGUGAGGCAGACUUCUGUCACCACUGGAGCAAAUAUUCCCAUCAUAACAGAACUAGCGCCAUUAGCAAAGCCAGGCAAAAAACUGCCAGUGAUUUCAUUCAGUCAGGAUAAAAGCAGUGGGACCAGCAUACAAAUGAUAACUGAGCUUGUGAACGACUCAAACGUGCAGUUCUUGGACCAAGAUGACGAUGACGACCCGGACACAGAGUUAUACCUCACUCAGCCGUUUGCCUGUGGGACAGCCUUCGCAGUCAGUGUGCUGGAUUCCUUAAUGAGUGCUACAUACUUCAAUGAUAAUAUCCUCACCUUGAUCCGGACGCUGGUAACAGGCGGGGCCACGCCGGAGCUGGAGGGGCUGCUGGCAGAGGAGAACGCGUUACGGGGCGGCUACAGCACGCCACAGACCCUGGCGAACAGGGACAGGUGUCGCGUGGCACAGCUGGCCUUGUACGACGGGCCCUUUGCUGACCUUGGGGACGGUGGUUGUUACGGUGACUUGUUUUGCAAAGCCCUGAAAACAUACAACAUGUUGUGCUUUGGCAUCUAUCGGUUACGAGACGCACAUCUCAACUCUCAAAGCCAGUGUACCAAACGGUAUGUCAUAACCAAUCCGCCGUAUGCGUUUGAGCUGGUGCCGUCAGACCUGAUAUUCUGCCUGAUGCAGUUUGACCACAACGCCGGCCAGUCUCGAACCAGCUUCUCUCACUCUUCACAUUCGUCCCAUUCCUCCAGCAAAAAAAGCUCCUCCGUCCACUCUAUCCCAACCACCAACCGCACCAACCGCAACAAAAGCAGGGACUCACGAGACAAACAAAAUGCAACAAGGAUGAAUAGAGUGGGCCAAGAAAAGACAUGGUUUACAGAUGAGCCAGAGAAUACCCACCUGAGGACCAUACAGAUCAAGCCUGUGAAUACUCUCGCCGUCAACCAAGUCAGUCAGUAUAAAUCCACGAGCAGCUUGAUUCCGCCCAUCAGAGAAGCAGAGGACGAGUGCUGAGUGGCGACACCUGAACGCUUUGGACUCCCAGAGGACUCAUCGUGUCACACUCGGGAAUUCCUUCUCACCUGAGGACACAAAUCAUCAAUUGAAGUUAGAAGAGAAUACCAUACUGCUUUCCUCAUCGACUCUGCAGCUAUAGCUUAUUGUACAAGCAGAUUUAGAAUCAUUCAUGAAGACAAUCAUAGUCAAAUGUUAGUUUGCGCAGCUAAUCUGUAGUGGUGACCAGACUCCAUGACUUUUUUUUUUGCUCCAUUUUGGGGAAUGAGGGUCACUCGAAGAAGAGGACUAUUAUAAUAACUGGAUCAAGUUUCGCAAUUGUGAAAGUUGCCUUUUUAGCUGUUGAUGAACAACUACUACAACUACUGCAUUUACUUCGCCCAGUGUUGCAGAUUUACUCUGUACAGUAUGUUAAAAAAAAAACAUGUAUUUUACAUCCAGCUGCAAUCCCACCACAAUGGCAUUGUUAGUGACUGACUCUCAGUGAUUCCUUUGCCAUUUGGAGCUAAUUCACAACAUUUGUGACAGUUAAGAUGGCCAGUGUCCAUGUGUAAAUGGCAUUUGGCUCCAGCCUUAUCUCUAUCCAAUUAUAUUUGUCUUAUCUUUGCCUUUUUGAGUCGUUUGUUAUCAAUGUUUUCAUGUCGCUGUUUGGUUGCAAUGUCCAAAACCCCCCAGAAAUCUUAUCGAGUAAAGCUUUUUAAGUGUCUGCAAAGUUUCUCCAGGGAUAAAACAUAAGGGGUAUUUUUUUUCUUGUCUUUUUUUCUGUCUAUAGCCAAAUAUGAUAGAGCUGUUUUGUUAAGAAUAACCAAAAAAUCUCACAUAGUUUCAAAUAAAAUGACGCCAUAUAGAGCAAAGCCAGUGCCGUAUGAUACGUCUGUAGGGAACGAAUGAAUGUAGAAGCCGCAUAUCGCAUGAAGUGGGCUUCUUUAGGUCCUCCGUUGGCUGUAAGCACUGCCUGACACAGGAUUGUCUUGGAGGCCAUAAAGCGCUUGUACUGUAUGUACUCCAUGACCAAUCUUAAUGCCAUAAUCAGACACAUUCACGCUUUUAUUUUGAAGAUAUUGGAGAAGCAGCUCUAUCAUAAGAAGUGUUUUUUGGCUAGUUUUUAUGUUCUGUUGGUAAACCAUCUGUGAUCAAUAUCAUACCCGAUGUAUUCAUAAGACAAACGUCUAACGAUGCAGAGAUUUGUUUCUGCUUGGACGAGCUAAGAGUGGUUAUUAAUCCCGUCUUAUUCAAAUAAUACAACAAAGCUAUAUUGGCACUGUUGUUACUUUACAUCUGAAUCAAUGAAGGGGAAAGAAAAUGUGGAGAGAAAAAAAAACUACGCAAGCAAUCUAUAAAAGCCACAGAGGAUGUGUCACAGUCUAGUUGAGGACUCAUGUUGCAUUUGAAAAGAGAGGUUGUGACAUUUUUACUGGCACGGAAAACAUCCAAACUGUCCGUCCCUCAGUGCCGGUGAUGUGCCAGGCAGUGCUGAAGCCAACGGAGGACUCCAGAAGACCCACUGUUGCGAAAAGAGGCUUCGAGUUGAACUGGAUUUAAACACAUUUUUUUGAUUUUUGCUGUGAGACUGAGAAAUGAUGCUUUCCUCUUUGCUCUCCACCUGACACCAUUCUUUUGAAUCUUUAAUGAGGCUGUUAUUCCCUGGAGAUAACUAGAAAAGUAGUAAAUAAUUUGAAGUCUUAAAAAAACUAUUUUUUAAAUUAGCAGAGCCUGAUAGCAAUUCAUUUUUAUGUACUCUUCGAUGAAAUCUGUAAAGCUUAAUGUAAGAUAUUUCUUUCUAGUGUGUUCUUGUUUGACAGAUAUUCUUGUUUUACAGUACCUGUGGGGUUGAGACACACUCGGCAUUGCAGUCUAGUUUGUAUUAUUUUUGUGAUUUCUUUUUUUUUUGGUUUAGCACAUUCACUUGUGGACACAAUGAAAGUGCUAAGUUGAUAUUUCUGACUAUGUCAUAUUACCCAAUAAUAAAUACAGUUUAUUGUCUUGUACAAAUAGGCUUGUACAUAAAUUGUACAUGAUUUCAUUUUGUAUUUUCACAAAUUAAAAGCUGAUGUAUGGUGUUCUA